ACGAUUGGGAAGGUCCGCAAUUCUCUCCCCUCCCCCCUACCCCCGGCGUGCCCGCACCGGUCUCGCGGAAGUUUGAGAGGGCGCGCGGCUGAAGGUGAAGCAGAGCCGGCGGUGAAAGGAGCGGCUGCAGAGACCAAGAUGAAUCCAACACGCAACCAGGGUGGGGAAAAUGCCAGCUUCCAAUCCAAGGAUUUGUUCAGUAAUUGUUUGCAGGCCAAGCGAGAUCUGGAGAUGGCCAUUAGCAGUAUCAUUAAGGCCGAACAGGAGAUUAAAGCAAACAGUAAGGAGGUAAAAUUUCAAAUCCACAGCUGCAUCAGCCGUCACUUGGAGUGCUUGCGGAGCAGGGAGGUUUAUCUGUUGGAGCAAAUUGACCUUGUGGAGCAGCUGAAGGAGGAAGCCCUGCAGCAACAGAUACAGCAACUUUAUUGGCUGCUGGGUCAGUUCAACUGUCUUAUUAAUCAAUUGGAACAUCCACAAAGUAAUCUUCCCGCUGAUCAAAUUAAAACCUGCCUAGAGAGAUUGAAGGACCUGACUCUGAAACCUGAAGAAUCUCCCACCCUGAAUUUUGAGGCUGAUGUCCCUUCACUCCGCCAAGCCAUUACAAACUUUGGGGCUAUUAAAACAUUGGUUUCAGAUUCCGAGUGCAAGAGUCCUUGCACUAUGGCAGCUGAUCUGGAUUACUGCUUCGUACCACUGCUGACAAAGAAAUCCUUUCCCAGUGGGACUGAAUGCCCAAUUGCUGACUGGCUGUGUAGUCCUCCUACACGGAUGCCAGUCUUAAACCUGCAGGAUUGUCUGCUGAAACAGUCUGGCCAGGGAUCACCACUAAAUCAUUUUGCAAUGGAUUCAGACCCUUAUAAAUUGCCAGCCAGGGGGCAUCAACAGGGCCUUGAGAACUGGCUGCUUCCCAAACAGCAGAAGAGUCACCCAAUUGAGAAUGUUGCUCCUCAACAGCACAUGCAAACUGUCACCAGCUGUAACCUGAGCCCGAAAGACUUAGGCUACUACAGAAUGCAGGCUUGGGGUCAUCGUCAGGGCCUCGAGCACUGGCUUCUUCCAAAUAAGCAGAAUGUUGAUACAAUUGAGAAGAUCAGUGUUCAGCAACAUCCUAGUUCCAAUGAUGAAAAAGCAAUUGAUCUGAAUUACUACAGAUUGCAAGCCUGGGGUCAUCGACAGGGCCUUGAGCACUGGUUACUUCCUGAGAAGCAGAUAUCUAGUUCUCCCAAGAAUACCCCUCCACGCCAGCACAGUGAGUCAUCUGAUAGUUCUUCCACCUUUGAGCUGAUAGAGGAAUAUGGUAUGGAGGUUUCAGAUCAAGAAUUGGAAGAGGCAAGCCCAACUUCUGGAUCAGUAAGUGUCACUGAUGUGAAGAACACAUGUUCUCAUGGCAGCAUCAGUGAAGAAAAGUGGAAAUCCGUAACUCAGCCUUUCAGAGAGAAGUUUACCACCCAUGAAUGGCUUUUGAAACCAAGUAAGUCUGAAUCUUGUGGUAGCUGCUGUGGCGUUCAGACAAAAGCAGUAGAGAUAGAAAACCUUGGCAAGCUGAAGUGCCUGAGUGAGCACCAUAGUGCCAAGAAGCCAUCGCCAACUUCACCCAGCAGUGCCCGCUAUCUUCAGCCACUGUUGCCAAUCCGAGUGGCAGAUGUAUGUAAAGCCAAUGAGCAGUGCAGCAGUUUCUCGGAGUGUGUGUGUGGCCGGAGUUGUGAAAAAGAAGCAGUCAAUGAAUGGCUACUUAAACAAGCAGGAAGAGACAAGAAUGGUGUGCAGAUAGAGCAGCCAAACAAAUGCAAUGCAGAGCAGCAGAAGAUCGACUUAGACCAGUGGCUGCAUCCCCAGUCAAAAGUCACAAAAGAAUCUGAAUUGUCUGUCAACAAUCCUGUGAAAUCACCUGAAGCUCUGAAAUCAAAGGUUCCAGUCGACACUGUACCCAAGGACACGGAGAAGGGAGCUGAGCAUGAAGUAGAGAAUAAAUUUUUGUUGCGCAAGAAAGCACAUGAACUGAAUGGUAUUCCCGAAGUAUCCAGUCUUCUGUCAAACCUGAACCUUGCUGUCAACCGAGAGAAGCUUCCUACAAAGGAGCAAUCCAUGUCGUUUGGCAACCUGUUUGCUCACUUUAAGGAACCAUUUGACCCAGAGAAAUGGCUGUACAAAGGUCCACGUCGGAUUGAACAAGGACCACAGGGAGCCUAUAUCCCAAAGAUCAGCGGAGUCUGUUGAUCAGAAGUGAUUGGAUAAGAGCCCUCAAAUUAGCUUUGAGCCACCAGUGCUAAAGAUGAAUUGGCUGACCUACCUUUGGAACCACAUCAGACUCGCACUCCCUCUGAGAUUCUGCUCAAUCAAAUUCUUGCUUCUGCCUUGAAGUCUACUGUGUUUAAAUUCUUUGUGUGUGAGUUGUCCUGUGAAACUGGGUGUAGGCAGCAUGAUAGGGAAGUCACCGUAAUCAGAUCAGUGUUUUUUCACUCUUCCUCCAACCCCACGCCCACUUAGAAAAGUUGUCAUUUUCAUCUUUGAUAUUGUAGCUUACCCUACUACUGAGACCCGUGGGGCAUGGUGCACAAUGCUGUUAUGUGGUCUAACCUACUGCAUUAAUUAACUUUUUGUAUUCAGGGCUCUCUUGUGAAUUUGAUUGGCUGUGAUGCUAACUGUACUUGGUUGCAAGCAGUCUAGAAUGCAAGAGGAUGAGAUUGGUGUAUUAAUGAUCUACUCUUGGAUGCCUUUAGCAAUGUUUGCUAUUGUCUAAUACUCGGAAGAGUAUAUGUGAUGGCCUUGCUAUUGUACUGCGCAUUUGAGUAGCUACAGUAAAUGUUCAUGGCAGAACAUUGGGAGCACAUCAGUCUUUAUGUUGACAGACCAUGUAUAAAAUUGCUGAGCGAGGUACCAGCUGUCUUAGUCUGCAAAUAUAGCCAAACACUUUAAUCAUAAGAGAUAAUCCACUCUAGUGACUGAACCUCAAAAUCUGCUGUGAGAUGAUAAACCUGUUUCACAGCAAGUUAGUACACUGUUUGUUGUUCUGAAUCUUGUGCAUUUCUUUUGAAGCUGCAAGUAUUUCCACCCCUGGCAGAGUUGUCAGGUUGGAGAUGAUUGGCAUUCCCCUGUACCAGUUUACCCUGUAAUGUUAUUGUGCCAGUGUUAUGGUUUGGAACAUAUUUUAAUUUUGGAUCUCUUAAUAUAUGGAAACUUCAAUUCACAUGUUCCAGGAUUUGAUUUCCUUGCCAAAAGAAAUUGAAUUUCAAAAGCGCCUGCUGCAACACAGCAAUCAGUUGUUAAAGUUUAAAUAUUGUGUACAAGUAUACAGUGAUGAUAACUGAAUCCAAAAUUCCUCUUUUUUAAAUUUUCCUGGGGUGUUUGAUAAUCCCUUUUGCUUGUUUUGUUGUUUACCUUUUUAGUUUAAUCUUUAACUGAAAUUCUGAUCAUAUGACUAUCGACUCUAAUGGGAUGAUCCAUUUGAAAGUGCAUCAGUUAAUCCUUAAUCCAGGGGAUGAUGUUUAAAGAUAUUGGCUGUUAGAAUAUAGCAAUUGAAAUAUAAAAUUUACUAAAAUUUUAUUCCACUGAUUCCUGGAAUUUACUUUAAUGGGCUUUUUGGAUUAGAUGCUUGUUAUUUUUAAGUAAUAGACCAUGGAAAGGAGGAAAAAGAUCUAGCAAUGUGAAGUGCAUGUGGAAAGCUGCCAGUUGCAGUGAUCUUCUCUUGUCACUUCCACUAACUGAAAGAAGGCAUUGGGCCAGCUACUGGUGGGUCAUUCUGUUGCAGUUGAAUUUGUGACCCCUUCAAUCUCAUCUUGGUGCUGUAUGGUUCUGGUGAAUGUUUUGAAUCAGGAUUCUUCAGAUGGGUUUGUGGUUGGAUCUGCCAGCUUCCUGUAGAGCUGAGGGACAGAUGGAUGGCAGUUUCCCCAAAGGUGUUGAGAUUACUGCCCUGUCACUAUCUGCAGGUUGCAGCCACUUCACUCCAGUGAGUGCAUGUCCUUAGCACAUAGCAUUUUAUAUCUUUUAAUUGACAUCAAUAAAUAAUGCUAAUUUAAAUUUAAAGGAAUAAACUUUUUUUCUGUUCUUUGGUCAAGUUGUUUGAGGAUUUAAUCUGUUUUAACAAUUGUAUGAUUAAUAACCCAAUAUUGUCUUUUGAAGUAUGAUAGUGUAUGUGCUUUAGAGGGUUAAGUCAUCCUUUUAGUGCAACAUGAACCCCUAUAAGCUCUUUAUUACAAACUGUUUCAUUGUAGUCACCUGGUCCUUCUGUUUGUAAUCAAAAAUAGAAGUGACUAAACUAAACUACAUCCUUCCUUAUGAUUUUUUAAAACUUACCACGAUAUUUGUUUCCUUGAUUAUCCUUUAUUUAUGCAUCUUGUUUUUGGUUGAUCUUUAAAAUAUGUAAUCAUCUCAAUAAAUUGCAGUAAAACCUAA